AUGUACCAAUCGAAUGCGGUGUGCUACAGUUGGACAGAAUACGCAUUGGAUCAGUCCCCCACGGAAAUUAAUCACAUAGCUGAUAACCAACAUGUCCGUGAAGUGUUAUCACGAUUGCAGUGCCACUUGCGCGUGGAACGUGAUUAUCAUCCACUGGGAUCACAGAUUCGUGUCCUGGUAGCCGCUCCAGAUGCAAAAAAAUUGGUCGAAUGUAACCGAACUCUGGAGCGUAUCCUUCCUCAAUACUGUACACGAAAUCCCUGUGAACUUGUGAUACCGUUGAAAAACCACAACACAUUCAAACCGAUCGUGAAAUUAGACUGGUCCGGUGAUCAUUUGAACGAGACCGUCAAUUCGGAACAUUCUUCCACUGUGAACUAUUGGACAGGGAGUUGUGGUGAACGGAAAAAGGUGAUUCGUUUCUCACCAACCAGCAAGCAGUCAGUCAAACGAAUCAAAUGGGCUCUGACGCAUAACACCAGACACCCAAUUACUCCCGUGAACCCAUCAACACAGCUGUCUUUGAAAUGGAAUACCGCACGUUCCGGUAUUUACCCCCGUGUGUCUCGAUGGCCUUCAGUGCAAUGUCUGGCGCAGCUUCCCGGCGAUCGAAAAGCCCACGAGGCCGAUUUGACAAAUCGUACGGGGCCGAAAUCGAUCGGACGUAAUUUGGCUCGCAUCAAAGCCACACACACACGUCCAUUUUCACCGAGGCCGACAGUCCGUAGGUCCAAUUCAUUGCAUGAAUCAUUCACCACAUUGAUUGAUAUCAGCGAACCCAGUCUGGACGAGGAACGACACGGUGGACGCGUACGAGUGCGAGAGUCUGUUUCCGAAAACGCGAUCAGGGAUGGCACAAACAGUAAUAUGAAUAUGCAUCCAGACAAUCCCACACUAACUGAUAUGAAUAGUGCGCCAAAAUUGUCUGAUUUGAUCGGUCGUGGAAUUGAUUGUUCAGGCUGGCCGAAAGAAGGAACCAAAGAGAACACGAUUGGGGAUUCGUUGAAAAUCAAAUCUUGGCUUGGUGAUUCCGCAAAUCCGUCGGUUUCACACGAAUCCAGUCUGAAACGAAGUGGGAAUGGUGGGCGAAAUACAUCAAAAGAUUUUACCGCCUUUACCACGGAAGAAUGUGACUCAAACCCCAGUUCGUGGGAUGUGGACAAGGAGAAGGGAAACUAUUCUGAAUCAGAAAAAUCCUCCCAUUUGUGUCACGGAUCUUCCAAGGAGAUUAUGGAACCGAAUAUAAAAAUACAACAGUAUUUAUCCAAUUUUAUAGGGGAUAGACCUCAACGAGUUCUGUCUCCCGGUCUCCGUAGAGCACAUAGUACAUCUCAUUCCUGUAUGCCAUCAACCGGUCGCUUACAAAGAAACCUGUCUCAAUCGUAUUCUGCUAGUCCCAAACUGUGCUCCCAUCACACACUUCCGCGUAAUCCAUCCCCGUCCAUGAAUGUUCCCGUCAUGCGUGCAGCCAAAUCGGCUUGUGCUUUGCAGACCAAAAUCAGUCCGCAACAGGUCCAGUUUCAACACGCGGCUAUUCCCCUUCGGCCACCGAAACGAUUUAUUCGUAUGAACGAAGUCAAACGAGGCAACACAAUGGAAUACUCCACAGGUGGAACUUUGGCCGGAGCCCAUGCCAGUCACGAUGUGGCCACACAAUUUGUGGUGACUCGAACCAACAGUGCUCAGAUGGAUGCAAUCUUUCAAACAAGCGAUGAUCCAGUGCCACGACCACGGCAGUCGAAAUUAAUCGAAUCCUACCGGCAAGAAGUAAAUAGUCUAUGCCAAUUAAGUCCGGCAUCUCGUAAUGAUCACCCCAUGGAUCAUAUACACCCAGCCACGGUGGAAAUUCGACCACAUGUGUGUCAAGUCCCGAGGUCAGAUGCGUUGAAUGUAGAAAUCGGCCAGGUUCCGGUCACUAUAAGUUCACGUACAGUACCCGCUUAUGGUGCACGUAGCUACGGUGUCCAAGUUGAUUGGCUCGGCCCGAUUGGUAACGGAAUUCCGGUCCUAUGUCAUUGCUGUUAUCACGGCCCCGGUCGAGAAUGGAAUACGAGUAUUAUUGGCUCUUCGAAUCGAGUUCAAUCAUAUGAAAUCAACAGUAUAGAGAAUACUGAGUUAGAUGGACCCCGAACGGAGAUGGAUUUGACCGUGAGAGGUGCAUCGGUUGAUGGGACCUGCAGGCGAAUAUCAAACAGCUCCGGGGGAACCCAGCGCGAAAAUCAGCCGGAAAGUAUUCCUAUUAAUCAAACUGAUCAUACCAGUGUGAUGCAACCGGCAACACUGCCAGUACCGGAUGCGGUACAUUCAAACAGAACAGAUAACAGACCAAAAUCCAAUCCGUGCGACAGGGUUAUCCUAUCAUCUCUUCUGGAUGGGACCGGGUUUGUGGAUCUGAAAGCGGGCAGCACAUGUCUCCCGAGCGACUUGACUCGGGUGAUUGUUCUGGCCUCAGGUGAGAAUAAAGAAAUCAGUGGCACCGAGUGCACGACUGUGAGCGCUCAGAAAAUCGCAUCCGAAGUGGACGUGAAUCGGUCCGAGACAGAGCCGAUCGGACCCCCACGGUUGAUUGACAAUCCGAUCCCGGAAUUGAAACAAACCGAGUCGGACGAAGAGCAUCUGGUGACGGAUCUGAGUCAUGCACAACCAUCCUCGUGGUCUAUCGACUCGAGUCGUUUACGCAUUUCCACUGUCGGUCGUCGUGUAAAAUUGUAUCGUCCGCUCUGUAUGAGCAAAGCUUUUCAUCGGGCUGAUCGUGUGUACAGUACCGGUGGUGUGAUCACCGUGACUACAACCACUCCCUCGACCACUAUUCCUAAUCCGAAACCGGAAACAAGAGUUGUCAGUCCGGCAAAAAUCCAGAAAAUCGAUAAAAAAUCCCAGCGAUUAAAAAGUCCUCCGGUUUCCCGCAGUUCUGUACACAGGCAAAUCCAACCAGCAGAUUCCAGUCGAUCUGAUGCAGGUAGCGCUCAUCAACAUCAUCAUCAUCAGAAGCAUAUAGAGACUCAAUCGACAGACAAACGAAAUAACACAAAUAUAUCAAAGAAAGCGAUUACUGUUGUUACAGCGAAUCCAUUCUAUGAUGGAGCGACAUCUUCCAUUCAUGUUCACACAAGGAGAUCGAGAAGUACCCGGCGUACGGCACUGCGGGAGCAAUUCACUCGUCCUCGAUUGGGUUGCCAAGCCCCGAAGUGUAUCGCUCAAUCGAUUGCCGCCAGUAAAACACAAUCAACCAUGAUACGUACCAAUUCCACGAGCACACGAACUGCCAGUAUCCUUCUGGCCCCUAAUUCUCGAUCCUCACUGUCAACAGUUGAACCAGAACCACCACGUGUGCGUCGUCGAACACUAUCUCGUCCGAAUUGGGUGAAUUCCCUUCGGAACUUUCAUGAAUCAUAUUCCAGAUUUGAAAAUCGUACUACCGCGUCUAACCCAGUUUCUAUUACAUCCACAUACGAAUCUGGGUCAACCAAAAAGAGAGAAAAAUGGAUACUUCCAUGGAAUCAAUCUCCUCAUCCAAAUUCACAUCGAAGACCCAAACCAGUGUUUGAUACAACCAGAUCUGUGUCCAGAGCGUUGACCAAUUCCGCUGCACAGAAAUCAAAAUCAGCCGUCAGGCAUACGGAACAGAAUAAAUUCAAUUCAAUUCAGUACGGGGAUUUGCGCAGACUUGUUGAUUCCUAUUUGGCUCGAGCCAAUAAGAAUGAAUCACGUGUUGCACAGGAACAAACCUCCUCACGAUCGGAAGCUGACAUCACUCUGAGACAAACAACUUCGUCCCAAACGAAUCAGCCACGUCAACGUAAAUCGUUCAGUCUACCGGGAACGCCAGUUCAACGAAAGCGGAUCAAUGAACGGAAAAUUGGUCCAACUGGAGAGCAUAGCACGCAUGAACCACAACAACAACAACAACAACAACAACGGGUGUCCAGAUCCUUGUCUCACAUGAGACGUGGUGGUGGCCGACCUGGGACACGUGAGAUUCGUAAACAUUCUCCUUUACCGGCUAGGUCAUUGACCCGAAACGAGGGCGAAUCAGUGUCCUCAUUCUACCAUAAAGUCACAUUUGACGAUCAGUCGGGAGCGAGUACCCUGGGGCAUUCGUCCUGUCGCAAUACUGCCGAUCGAUGGACAACCGACGAUGCUGCAUCCAGUGAGAUUCGCGCGGUCGACGAACGACUCGGGGUGGCAUUACAAGGCACACUGGAUCGAAUUCUGUUCGACUCGGCGGAUCAGUUGACGACCAGAUGCGACGCGAAUCGUACGGGGCAGACAAAACAAUCUUAUUUCAGCCUCGGUCCGUUCUUGGAAACCGGGACAGCCGAUCUGUCUCUCAGCGAUACGAAUAACGAUCCAAGCGGUCUGAAUAAUGAACAAUCUUGUGUACAGAAAAGGGGUCUGUUGGAAAAAACCGAAGCGAUCCGAUUCGGACAUAAACCACGCGGGUCCGGUGUUGUGGAUAAGACCAGAAUUAUCAAUCAGAAUUCACAAACUGAUUUGAGCAGUGCACUGUGGUGUUGUGCACCGUGGCGGCGUGUCCAGACCACGUGUUCUCAAUAG